UGCAAUCGGAGAACAGAAAAGGGAUCUCUUGGAGACUGCUGGGAUAGGGUUACUUCAGUGUGUGGAGUCCAUCUUCAGAGAAAAUGGCUGUUUUGUCAAUGUAAACAGCCUGUGCAGUACCUGCAUUGCUAAAGGGGGAAGCAGAAGAGGAGGAGGAGGAGGAGGAGGAGGAGGGGCAGGCAUUGGAGGAAAUGUUGCCUCCUCCAAUGAAAUUUUCCCUUCUCUAGCUAGCCCCAGCCUGCAGCAGCUCACCUCUGAACUCAUGCAUGUUACAUGUUAAGUUUUAGGGUUCGUUCUUCAGAUCAUAUGGCCAAAGCAUCACCAAUGGCUCAACAGACCCCAAACCAGUGGGAUGACGUGAGCGUCGACCAUGAGAAAUACUAGAGACUGAGCAGUGUAAAAACAUCCACAAAGAGUUUCAAAAAUACAUUAUUCAGUUGAAACAGUUACACCUGACCAUGGCUCUAACUGCAGCUAAGACAACUACAAGUUUUGUCUCCACAACUGCCACUACCACCACAAUCCCCUUCCUCUCAAUGGGCACGAGCGCCAGAGACAAUAUCACUUCCAGAACAACACUGAUGACUGUUACUAUCACAACAAACGAGACCAGCUUCAAUGCCACCACGUUUCCAGAAGCGGUGAUCGAGGGCUCGGGAAUGGGAAUGGUGCUUUUACCCUUUGGCAUCAUCACAGUCAUCGGCUUAGCAGUGGCAAUAAUGCUGUAUAUCCGGAAACGGAAGCGAUUGGAGAAGUUGAGGCACCAGCUCAUGCCCAUGUACAACUUCGACCCAGCUGAAGAACAAGAUGACCUGCUGGAACAGGAACUACUGGACCAUGGUAGGGAGGGCAGCCUCACAGGUCCCAAUGCCAAGACUCUCACAACUUCCCAGGGGACCACACAGAGGCCCAGUCGUCUGGUCUUCACAGAUGUAGCCAAAGCUCUCAACGCUUAACAAGUUCUCUUCCAUUAGUUUAUUUGAGUUUGGCAGGGCCACUUGCCUCAUCGAGCUAUAGACUGUUGCUCAAGACGGAAAACAAAGGGAAAACUGGACUGUUUUAAGGUGAACAGCUGGAGCUUUGGUAAAAGUUUCUAUCACUAUAACAUGAAAUGGCAGUGGUCUUAAAAUUUUGGAAAAAAAAGACAAAAAUGUAGGGUGCAUGUAUGAUGAGGGAGCAUAAUGGGAAGCAUCACAUAUGAUCUUGCACUGUUAUUGUUUGGCACACAAAUGCAGUGUGAUGCACUGUUCUUAAAAUCAUGUGGUGUCAUUGUUGUUAAAACGUUUGGUAGCUUGUCAGUGAAGUUCUUCAGAGCUUCGAUAUCUACUUCCAUGUUUGAUAUGAGAGGAGUGUAAAUUUGUGUUUUACUGAUUUUGUGGUCUUUCGUCUCUGACAAGCUUGAACACUGGAUGUGUUACCAUCUUUAAGUGAAC